UCCCAUAUUUCUAAGCAAAGUUACGACAACAGCACACCAAUACUUUUCUGGUUCCACUCAUAUGGAGUAGUACUUUGGCAAAUACCCAAUAAUAAAAAAUUGAUCCCCCGAAAUAAGGGUUAUUAGGAGUUGUUAAAAGAAGUGUACGAAAUAAAAAAAAUAUGUUAAGUGCUUUCACUAGACGAUUUUUUCACAAGGGACUCGGAGGUGCGGUAAGAGCCUAUGGACAACACAAAACUCCAACCUCGAGCCAAAGUUCAACGAAUCGGCCGCAGCAAAUUAAUCCAAAUGUACCUGGUCUGAGUGAAAAAUGUGUAGAUGUACCAAAUUCGCAUGAACUGUUUAGCGAAACAAAGCUGGUUAAAAACGCAUUGGUAGAGAGCAGAGAGACAACGGAAACGGAUUUUGCAGAGGAAAAUAGUAUAUUAGAAGCAGCGGAACGAGAAAGACGAAAAUUAAAUAUCAUAAUAAGAGGGGCGACAUUCGAUGACUCGAACUUGAAAGCAGAAGUGGAGGCAUUCUUCAAGCGAAAACUGGGACAAAGAGUGCAAGUGAAAGACGCUAUAAAGCUGGGAAGAAUGACUGACAACCAGACUGUUUUAGCAGUUUUUGGCUCGUUCGCCGAAAAAAGGAUUGUAAUGAAAUGCAGAACGGAGCUGAAAGGAUCAAGGGUGUACCUAGACGACGAUCUUACGAAAAGUCAACGAGAAAUACAAUGGAGAAUUUGGAAACAAGCAAAGGCAGAAAUUGCCAAAGGGAGCCAAGUAAAGAAAGGUUACAUGAAGCUUAUUGUAGACGGAAUAUGCUGGAGGUGGAAUGAGCAGACCGGUCGACUGGAACAGUCUUAAUAAUCAAAUUGAAUAUUGGAGAAUGCAGUGGGAUGAAAAUUCAAGUGAUGCUAAAAAUUGAAGAUAUUCAAAUGAUUAAAAUAAUUAACAGAAGAACAAAUUGUGCAAAAAAAUUCUUUGUCGAAUAAAAUUUCCCGAAAAUAUAGACUUGCAGUUGAGCGAUGUA